CCAAAAACUACUUACCUCCACCUCCACUUACCUACCUUGCUAUUCAAAGCGCAUCGCAAAUCUCGGUUUUGUCCGUGUCAUGCAAUAUCCUCCUUGUCCUUAUUGAAUUCAUAUAUUAUUCAUCACCGGCUUAUCAUUAUCAAGCUUGCUACACUGUAUCUAUCCAUUGAUCGCAUCCAUCGAUCCUCCUCUUCCUCAUCAUGGCAUUUGCCACAAUAAACUCCUCAUCUUCAGCUCCCCCACCGAGGAGCUCCGUUAUUGAUGAUGCCUUUGCUGCCGAACCUGCCCUUAGGAAACGUGUUUACGAUGCGAUCGAACAUACCCCGCAGUAUGCGCCGCUAUUUGAAGACGUUGCCAAAUAUACAUCCAGCCUGCUGGCCAGGUCUGUCGCCCACGCCCGCGUUCAACCCAUCGAGGCCGUCAGCGACGACGGCCCAGCGGCGAAGAAACGCAAGACCCAAAAUGGUGGGGAUGAUCAUACAGCUGCCGCUGCGCAGCAGUCCCCGGGCGACUUGAAAGCCGACGCACCACUACAGUUCUACAUGCAGGAUGUUUCCUUCGCUGUGCCGCAGCGGAAGAAGCUUACCCUGGAGAUCACUGCUGGGGGUGGAUUUCUUCGUGCAAGGAAUCAGACGUCGAAAGAGGUGGAGUUUGGGGUGGAGUUGGAUAAGAUCCAGCACGUUCUGUGUCUUCCGGUUCCGGAAAAGAACCAGCGACAAUUCAAUUUCUGCAUUAUCCCCCGAUAUAGCGAUGGCAUCAACACUCCUCCGGGAGGUGUCGCUGCUUCUGAAUGUAUUGUGUGGACGGUGGCCGAUGGGCCGCCCAAAGCAGCGUUUUUGGGAACCGGUCAGCAGCUGGGGACCACUGAGGGCGAGAGCGCGGAGAAGGUGGUUCAACAGGUAUUGAACGAUAAUUUGGUGCGGACCAAGGUGAUCCGUCCCGAUGAGCGGCAAUUUGUGAGCGCAAUUCCGGAAGCUCAUCGGAAGGGGGAGAAGGCCUUCCACGUCAAGGCCCAUCGCGGGAGUAAAGAUGGUUAUCUUUUCCUUCUUUCUACCGGGAUCCUGUUCGGCUUUAAGAAGCCGUUGAUAUUUUUCGCCUUCGAGAACAUCGAUUCGAUCUCCUACACAUCUGUCCUGCAGCGAACCUUUAAUCUCAACAUCCUAGCCCGUCCGUCUGCCAGCGAUGAGACUCAGGAAAUUGAAUUCUCCAUGAUCGACCAGGCCAAUUUCUCUGCAAUUGACACCUAUAUCAAAAAGCACGGCCUGCAAGAUGCUAGUCUCGCAGAAGCCCGCCGGGCGAAGCGAUACAAUGUCAAUGGUGCCAAGACCGGAGAUGAUGCCACCACCAAUGCAGAAGGGAUUGCUGAAGUAGAAGAAGAAGAGAGUGAAUUGCAAAAGGCACAACGUGAGCUUGAAGACCAAGAGGAUGAGGAUGAGGAGGACUAUGACCCUGGCAGCAGCAGUGACGAUGGAAGCGGCAGCAGCAGCAGCAGCAGCGAGGAGGACGACGAUGACGACGACGACGACCAGGAUGAGGAUGAGGACGAGGAUGAGGACGGUGAGGAUGAUGGUCGCGAUCUUGUGGCGGAAGAGCUCGGCAGUGAAGCCGAGGAUGUCCCAGCCGAAGAGUUGUAAGACCUCGCUUGUCGGACCCUGUAUAGAUAGAUUGUUACCACCGCCAGGCCGGCGCAACGCGGGCCCGAUUGAUUUGCCUUCAGCGCUAGCCAGACACGUUCAGCCGUCGAGCUGCACGCGGUGAGAACCCGCUGGAGAGUGUUGGUCAUAGACUGUGUGUCUUUGCCUAUCUAGCAUAGAGUAUCUAACUGAUAGCCUUGCUGCUUAUUGGGACCGAGCCUUGCACACGUCGGAUUGCAUCUGACAUGGGGAAAGCCGUUUC